GGCGCGAACAACGGCAAGCAGUACGGCAGCGAGGGCAAAGGCAGCUCAAGCAUCUCAUCUGACGUGAGUUCCAGCACGGAUCACACGCCGACCAAAGCCCAGAAGAAUGUGGCUACCAGCGAAGACUCCGACCUGAGCAUGCGCACGCUGAGCACGCCCAGCCCCGCCUUGAUAUGCCCGCCCGCGCUGUCCGGAUUCCAGAAUGGGAGGGGCUCGUCCACCUCGUCCUCCUCGGUCACCGGGGAGACGGUGGCCAUGGUCCACUCCCCGCCCCCAACGCGCCUCACGCACCCGCUCAUCCGGCUGGCCUCCAGGCCCCCGAAGGAGCAGGCCAGCGUGGACCGGCUCCCCGACCACGCGCUGGUGCGCGUCUUCUCCUUCCUGCCCACCAACCAGCUGUGCCGCUGCGCACGCGUGUGCCGCCGCUGGUACAACCUGGCGUGGGACCCGCGCCUCUGGAGGACGAUCCGCCUGACGGGCGAGACGGUGCACGUGGACCGCGCCCUCAGGGUGCUGACCCGCAGGCUCUGCCAGGACACCCCCAACGUCUGCCUCAUGCUGGAGACCGUGGUGGUCAGCGGCUGCCGGCGGCUCACCGACCGCGGGCUCUACGCCAUCGCGCAGUGCUGCCCCGAGCUGCGGCGCCUGGAGGUGUCGGGCUGCUUCAGCAUCUCCAACGAGGCCGUCUUCGACGUGGUGUCCCUCUGCCCCAACCUGGAGCACCUGGACGUGUCAGGGUGCUCCAAAGUGACCUGCAUCAGCCUGACCCGGGAGGCUUCCAUUAAACUGUCCCCGUUACAUGGCAAACAGAUUUCCAUCCGCUACCUGGACAUGACGGACUGCUUCGUGCUGGAGGACGAGGGCCUGCACACCAUCGCAGCGCACUGUACGCAGCUCACGCACCUGUACCUGCGGCGCUGCGUCCGCCUCACCGACGAGGGCCUGCGCUACCUGGUCAUCUACUGCACAUCCAUCAAGGAGCUGAGCGUCAGUGACUGCCGCUUCGUCAGCGACUUCGGCCUGCGGGAGAUCGCCAAGCUGGAGUCACGCCUGAGGUACCUCAGCAUCGCGCACUGCGGCCGCGUCACCGACGUGGGCAUCCGCUAUAUUGCCAAGUACUGCAGCAAGCUGCGCUACCUCAACGCAAGGGGCUGCGAGGGCAUCACAGACCACGGCGUGGAGUACCUCGCCAAGAACUGCGCGAAGCUCAAAUCUCUGGACAUUGGCAAGUGCCCUUUGGUGUCUGACAUGGGCCUGGAGUGCCUGGCGCUGAACUGCUUCAACCUCAAGCGGCUGAGCCUGAAAUCUUGCGAAAGCAUUACAGGCCAAGGCUUGCAGGUCGUAGCUGCCAACUGCUUUGAUCUGCAGAUGCUGAACGUGCAGGACUGCGAAGUGUCUGUGGAGGCGCUGAGGUUCGUGAAACGACACUGCAAGCGCUGCGUCAUUGAGCACACCAACCCUGCCUUCUUCUGAGGGGACAGUGUGGUUUUCACUUUACAAACAUGAACCAGACAAAAUGUUCUGUUAAACCAUCGACGCCCACUCUCAACUGCUAUUUCUUCCAGGAAGGCUCUUAGGAAUCUGGCUUUUAUUUUUCCUUCUUGUUCAUGGGCAGUAGAAGUCACAGCAACCAAAGGGG